UUCCUUUUUCAUUUGAAUAUAUUUGUAACAUAUGUAUAAAUAUGGCAUGACAUAUUUUGUUCACUUUACAUUGAUAUAUACAUAUAUAAAUAGUAUAUGUUUACAUGGUUUUUUUUUAAUCACACGUACUUUAAACCCGUUUCAAUCGGCUUCUAAAUUUUAAGUAUUCCACAUUCUUAUUGACGCGGUUCGCUACAAAUUUUGGUCAGAUCGAGUGGGAAUCUUUCUACAUUCGUUUGUGUUGUAUGACAUGCUACCCAACAUUGUAUAUGAGUGGGUGACAUGUACAUUUAGGACCAAACCUAACCGAUUUUAGACCAAAAAAAAAACCUAACCGAUCUCAUUCUAACCAAACAUGCGUCAUCGGUUAGGUUAUUUUCAAACAGAAUCUAACCGAUCGGAAUGAACAAGUUUUCAACCCUGAAUAUUAUACUCCAUUCUUUCAUGCAUAUUUUAUAAGAUAAUACUCACGACCUCCAUACCCGAAUUUAAUGGUCACGUAACUUACAAGACUAUAUUACACGUAGCCUUAAGUUAUCCACUCAAACUUCAAAGAAAAGUAAGGUUUUAGAAACACAUGAGAGAAGAAUUGAGCACAAGCAAAAAAAAAUUGUGUUUAUUGAAAUCAAUUGAAUUUUUGCUGCUUGUUAACUUUAAUAUACUUAUACGUUUUGUGUCAUGUACUCAUGUAUAUCUAUAAUCUAUUUAAUUUAUGAAUCUUUGUAUUAAAAGUGCCUCACUAAGUGAGAAUAUAUACAGACUAUACAGUUAGCUUCUGGUAAGAAUUAAAAGUAUAUGAAAAUAUUAAUUUACUACUUUUGAAAUUAUUUUUCAUUUCAGUAUUUUGUCACAUAAAACAAUCUGAUUAGUACUAGUUAACAAUACAAAAUUUCAAACAUACACUUAGAACAUUUUUGACACCUGAUAACAAUUCCAAUCUCUAUUUCAUAAAAAAAAACUUUUAAAUUUAGAUAUUAUAUUAAGUUUAAUUACCAAUUGUCACAUUUUUAUAGAUUUUCAGGCGUUUUCUCUUAAUAAUAAUAUAACUAAGAAAUUGAUAAAGUACCCAAUAUAUUGUUUUAUCAUUAAAAAGUAAAAUCAAAGUAAAUAUACUUAUUGUCAUAUAUAAAAUAUAUAUAUUUCCCAUUUUAACAUGUAAAACAAAGGGAAAUAAUCUAUUAUUCACAAGGAAACAAAAGAUAAUAAAUAAAUUUAGAUAUGCAUGAAUAUCUAAUUAAGUAUUAUUACGUGGAAAAGAUAUGCUAGCUCACAGCUAGCAAAAAAAAAAAAGAUAUGCUAGCUCAAACAAAUGUCUACGGUUUUUCCAAGCUUGAAACCGUUAUAACUUAUAUAACCUUUAAUUAAAGUUGGGUGUUAUUUUGUUAAGGAGACAAUUAGAUAAAUGGGAGGAUUCAUGGUUUCCACCACCAUCACCACCACCUAAGAGUUGCGAGAUUCAAGCUCCGUUUACAAAACACAGAGUUCCAAAAAUAAAUAAACCCUAGUUUUCCACCACAAACCUCUGGAGAUUACUUUCCUUGACGUGCACGCCUCUUCUCUUUUGUUCCAAAAUCUCAAGGUAGCUUCAAAGAGCUUUAUUUGAUUUGUGGAUGAUGAUGGCAACGACGUCUAGUACAGCGAGAAACAAACCGAACAACCAAAACCUCACCAGAUCAAGAUCUCUUGGUCCAAAGCCAAAGCCGGUUCCAUCAUCGAACGCAGAUGGAUCUGGUCAGAAAACAGUUGAGAAGCCGUUGCCCAAUUAUCUGAAACCAACUGUCAGCUCCAGACCUGACCCUGUCAAGUUCUUGAGGAAGAACAAAGCUGUUGAAGACAAUCAGAAGCUUCUUCGCAGACGAUCCUUUGAUCGUCCUCUUUCGUCUUCAUCAACUCAUAAGCCUCUCAAUACCUCUCCUCACGCACGCCCACGAGACAGACCCGCGGUUCCAAGGGAGAAGCCUGUCACUGGUUUGCGUUCUACAUCUUUCCAUGGAAGCAGCAGAGGCGGUCUUAGAGGAAGCACUACGGUGAAAUCUCCUCCUGUGGCUUCAAGAGGACCUCCGGGUGUAAAGAAGAGCGGUCUGAGCGGUACCAUUUCUUCCAAGAGUAAGAAGGAAGGUUCUGAGAAUGUUCCAAAGAAAUCUUCGGGGAAAGAGAUUACCCCGGAAUGUUCUCCUCCUGCGCCUGCUCAUGAGGAUGUAGAAGAGAUUGUCAAGGUUGAGAUUGAUGUACAAGUUUCUGACCACAUAGGAGAAGAUAAAGAUCAGGUUGCACAACCCAAUGAAUCCACAGAAGAAGAGAAAGGAGAGCUGAUCAACGAGGAACAAAAGGAAGAGCAGAAAGAACCAGAGAACAUCCAAGAAAACAACAGUGAAGACAAGGAAGUUGUUGAAAAGAGAGUUGAUGUUGAGGAGAAUAGCGAGAUAGGUGUUACUCCAGAUAUGAAAGAAGCUGAGAUAGAAGCAGAAGCUAAAGAAGAGGAGAACGAAGGCAGCAAAGUGAAAGAAGGAACAACAGAGACAAAGAAGGAAGUGGCGAAAGGGAAGAAAGGGUCUCCAACAGCAUACAACGAUGUAAUAGCAAGUAAGAUGCAAGAGAGCUCGAGGAAGAACAAGGUCUUGGCUCUCGCUGGAGCCUUUCAAACCGUUAUCGACUAUGAAACUGCUGCUUCUAAGUGAUAUAUAUAUCGUUUAUAUCACAGACACAGACUUCAACCGUGUCUUGCUUGUUAGCUUUCCUAUGUCAGUGCUUUCAUUGUUGUUCUUGUUACUUUUAUUUCUUGUUUUUGGCUUAGUAUCAAAUGUUGAACAAAUGCAUCAUUUGGUUUUGCCUGUCAACAUAUCAAUGCUUUUGAAUGAAUCAUAUGGUUUCUGAGAUGACAAGAGGAUACCCACUGCCUUUGAUGGGCCUUGGGCUCUGAACAUUAAAGCCCAUUUUCAAGAAAUGUGUUUUUUCUUUAAAAAGUUUCACGCUGACCACCUGGGGAAG